UGUGUUUAUUCUGUGACAGUAUGGGCUAGCAUCUCGAGCAUAGUUCUAUAUUAAAAGUCUUGCAACAAGCAGGAAACUAUGAAGUUAAACUGGCUGCUCGCAAACCCACUAGGCUGCUUAUCCAACUGUAUUACUAGCCGAAGAUGUACCUACAGCCUGCGUCCGUGUUUGUGGAAGGAUCCACGCCUUCACAAGCGGGGUACAGCUCAACGACACCAGACAACGCUGGAGCUUUAGACUGAAAUGAUUUUUACAUAUUUUAAAUAUAAAAAGUCUUUCGUAAAGAAAAUGCAUGUUAUAUUCAUUCUUAUAAACCCAUGAUAUUCUGGUAAACUUUGAAAAAUAAACCGAGAAGACAACGUGUUCUCCCCCGUGUUGGCGUUGGAGCGGUCCAUUCAGGCGCUGUGUGGAAUAGGGCUGCCCGGGUCGCUCCAGCUUCGUCUCGGCAUGGAAACGACGAUCCGCUACGCGGCGGACCGUCUCCUCAACAGACCGUAACCUUCGCUGUCACACAAUAAAAUUACCUUUCUGCUUAAGUCCGUCGUGUUUUUCCUCCUGUGGCUUUUUUUUUCAAACCUCGACAAAACUUGACAAAAAAGUUAAAAAGCGAAUAGGGAGGAAAAGAAACUGAUCGGCCAGGGAAGAAGUGGAGUUCGGACGCCCUCCGCCCGGCAGACGGGUCGACGGACUCAGGACUGGAAACAGAAGCUGGAAUUUCACGGUCGCACCAAGCCAAAAUGCCAUUGUCCAGCUCACCAUCACAUGUCUUGAGAACUUGCCGGUCAGCUCCUCUCUGCUGUGAGCUGGAUAGGUGGCUUGCCAGAAGCAGGGAUCUGUAGCGGCACUGGUGAGGAGAGCCAGGUGGAAUUAGCCAGCAAGUCAAGUGGAAGAAAAGACCCAAGACAGAGGAGAAAGGAAGAGAGUGGAGUAAAGGAGCGAAGAAGAGAGGAGAGCCAGCAGGAUGGGGAAGCAGAACAGCAAGCUCCGUCCAGAGGUGCUGAAUGACCUCCGAGAGAACACGGAGUUCACAGAUCACGAGCUGCAAGAGUGGUAUAAGGGCUUCCUGAAGGACUGCCCCACAGGCCAUCUGACCGUGGACGAGUUCAAGAAGAUCUAUGCCAACUUCUUCCCCUAUGGCGAUGCCUCCAAAUUCGCUGAGCACGUCUUCCGCACCUUCGACACCAACGGUGAUGGCACCAUCGACUUCCGGGAGUUCAUCAUCGCGCUGAGCGUGACGUCGCGGGGCAAGCUGGAGCAGAAGCUCAAGUGGGCCUUCAGCAUGUACGACCUGGAUGGCAAUGGCUACAUCAGCCGUGCUGAGAUGCUGGAGAUAGUGCAGGCGAUCUACAAGAUGGUGUCCUCGGUGAUGAAGAUGCCAGAGGAUGAGUCCACCCCAGAGAAACGGACGGACAAGAUCUUCAGACAGAUGGAUACUAACAAUGACGGUAAACUCUCCCUGGAAGAAUUCAUCAAAGGUGCCAAGAGUGACCCCUCCAUCGUCCGGCUGCUGCAGUGCGACCCCAGUAGUGCCAGCCAGUUCUGAGUGGUGAGACGGUGGGGGGACUGACGGUUUUCGACCCCCCCACAGCGCCAUGUCCAGGCCUGACAGCAGCUCCUCACAUGCAGCCCGAACGGCCCUCCAUUCCAGCACCACCGUGGACAUUUUGCAGUCAGAAUUUUCUUGGCUUUUUUUAAAAAAAAAAAAAUAAUACAUUGAUGAUCAUUGCUGUUGUUAUUAACGUUUUGCUUUGUUUUGAGGCCACCACUUCACCUCAGUCCAUUCGGGGAUGGCUGUAUCAUCACGGUAGCUCCUCUGGGUCCCGUUCCUGCUGCCAGCUGUGACCGUGUGUGGUUCUGUGUAUACUGAGCAUUACAUGCACACAAGUGCAAAGUGGUUGACCUUUGGUGUUGCACGCAGUCUGCCCACCAUUUCAAAGGUGCCCCAUUCACAGCACGAUUGCUCCGUGAUGCUCGCUGGUGGCGGAUGGCUUGUUGUGGCUGGAUGUCGUCCCGUCCUUUACGGGGAAAGCUCUCAUCGGUUAACUUCUUAUUCCUCAAAGGGCAUGGCUUACUGUAACGCCGUUGUCGCUGUUUUGUGGUCUGAUGGAAGUCCUUUGCAAUGUUAGUGGGUCUCGCCGGUGCCGUUUUAACACAGUUGUGGUCAUACGACGGUGAAACCACCCUGGUGUUCGUGCUCAGUUCCUCCAAAGACUCGCGUUUCAUCUGAUUAUCUCUCUGCUCCUUUACUCUGAUGCCCAUGAAUGUGCACGAGUGUCCAGUUCUCUCUUUGGGUGUCCUGCAUGCAUCACUACUGGGGGGGCCACAAGCUCCCUUUCAUUACAGAUUAAAGGGGAAUGCUUAUGAACAACAUUCCUUUAGGGAAGCACACUGCGGUGUCAUGGGAACACAGGCGACGGAAUCUCUGUGGCAGUCCUCAGUGAUCCCCCUUGCUUCCCCCCCCCCCAGCUCUGCUGCCACUUGCGCGCCUUACAGUGAGAUUCUCUACAUUCCAGUGUUACGGGAUACUUCAUCUGUUGCCUACUGCCAAGACGUGUAAUUGGAGAGAAUGGUAAUAAUAAAGUGUACCGUUUCCUUGUUAACAAGGUG